UACGAGAAAUCUUGGUUAUCUUGUCUACAGUACGAAAGAGGGAAAGAGAUAGACACAUAUAUGCAACUCCGACUCAUUUUGUACACUCACUCAGUCGUUCGUGAAUAAUCGUACGAUAUGGAUCUGAGAUAUUUUUAAUAUUGCGAAGUUUUGCAAGUUCAUAAUUCCAGCGUUCCCUCAAAUGAGACUGAUAAAAAACGUUGCGCAUCAUUUUGCUCAAUUGAGAACACAAAUUCAGAUCAAAUUCAACAAUUUACGUAAGAAAGUUUAAUGUUUGUACAGCAGUGAACACUCAAUAAUUUUAAAGAAUAUAUUACUUUAAAAUUUCGGAAUUUUUUACAUUAAAUCAUAUCUGGCGUGAAAAAUUACGCACUUCGAGCAGCCGAUAUGAAUACUGUUCAUGAUCCAUAUUUGAGACAUCUAUUCGACGGUGAUCCGGUGUUUAAUGUCUACAACCAGGAAGCCACGAACUUAUCCGUAGGGGCACCUGGCCCUGAUCUAUUAAAACAUUGUGUAGAAAUGCUGAGUAAAUCCACGCGACAUAGAAUGGAAGAAGAAGAAAAAGAAGGAAAAUACUAUCUUUUUCAAUAUGGUAUAACGGCGGGUCUUUGGGAAUGUCGCGAUGAAUUAGCCAAGUUCUUGAGCAGACGAUACGGUAAUUCCGUAAUGAGAGAACACCUGAUAUUAACGUGUGGAGCAUCGCAUGGUCUUCAAAUGUUGUUGAACACUAUACUUUCACCAAAUGGCAUUAUUUUCGUAGAGGAAGUUACAUACAUGAUUGCUCUCGACGCUUUUAAGCAAUUUCCAUUAAUAAGAAUAGUCACAGUGCCGAUGAAGGAUGACGUAGUAGAUCUAGAUGCAUUAGAAAAGAUAGUGGCUGAAGAGAAGACAAAAGGCAACUAUUUUCUGAAUGAUCAGAAAAUAUUUUGGGCGAUGUUUUAUACGAUACCAAUUUUUCAUAAUCCAACUGGAAUGACAUUGUCGCCUGAUCAGUGCAAGCGUUUAGUAGAGAUCGCGCAAAAUAAUUCCAUAGUGGUAGUCUGCGACGAUGUGUACAAUUUGCUUUAUUAUGGACAAGGACUUCCGCCACACCGCUUAUUUUCUUAUGAUGAUCCAAAAGAUUCAAAUUACAAAGGAGGAAACAUUGUGUCAAACUGUUCAUUUUCUAAAAUCCUUGCGCCAGCGAUCCGUUUUGGAUGGAUCGAAUGCAGUCCGCGUAUUGUCAACAUUGUGAGAACAGCAGGCAUAAUGUGUAGUGGUGGUGGAGUUAAUCAUUACGUUUCUGGAUUAAUGACGAGUAUGCUUCGUGAGAACAUUGAGGAGAAAUAUCUUGAUAUGAUUAUAAAAAUCUAUAGGGAACGAUUAGAUGCGCUUUGUGCAAUUUUGGAUCGAUUUUUGCCCAGCUGUUGUUCGUAUCGACGACCAAAAGGUGGUUACUUUGUUUGGAUUCAUCUUCCUUCGGGGAUAGAUGGUACUCAGUUUGUCAAAUGGUGCCAAAAAGAAUACAAAGUAUCAGCGAUACCAGGUACUAGAUUCUCAUAUACGGGUGAAGCAAAGAAUUUCUUACGUAUAAGCAUAGGCUUUCACACAAAAGAAGUUUUGGAGACUGCAACACAAACUUUGUGCACGGCACUUUUAACGUAUAUCAGACGUCAAGUUAAUAACAAAAACGAUAUUGCAAAUAUGAGUGAUUUAAAAACAUGAGCAUAUCGAUUUUAGUCGGAUUUAUAUAAAAUACAAUUAUUAAAUAUUAUACUAUUAUCUAAUAUUUAGAUAUUAUUCUUAAAAUGAUGCAUGAAAUUGAAGGAAAAUAUUGUGUGUGUAAUUAUAUAUAUAUAUAUAUAUAUAUAUAUAUAUAUAUAUAUAUAUAUAUAUAUAUAUAUAUGACAAAAAAUAAUUAAAAAAUAUUUCAAAAAAGAUAUUUUAUAACACAAAUUUACGUAAAAAAUUGCGUGUUCAAUGUUUUACUAUAUAUAAAAAAAAUGCAGUAUUGUAAAUAUAA